UACUACACCGGUGCGGGUCAAGGGGAUAUCAUUUCGGAACGCGACUUGGAGAGACUAUAGGUACUUUUAUUUAGAGAGAGAGCUAAGUAAUUACUGCUCAGUCAAGGAUAACGUAAGGCUCGCGCUUCGUUUGUUUACCAAAAUUUCCUGUUCAGCGAAUCGCAUUGCGCUUCACCAAAAAUUAAAAGCUAAAAAUUCGAACAAGUCAUAAAGCUUCGCGCCACCGCUAAUGUGGCGCAGCUGUCAGCUGCCAUCAUCAGCUCCUCCCGCGCACAUUCCUCGGCGCAGGUGUUUUCCUGGAGUAGUAUAUACUAUAGUAGCCAGCCAUCAGUCAGUCAUAUAAUAAGUAUAAGCAAUCUCGAUUAUCACUCACUAAAAAAUGGCAACGGCCUGCUGCUGUCAACUUGAGUGCCAGCAGCAGCAAAGUUCGUCGGGCUAAACUUUCUCAGCUGGACGAUGACGAGGAAUCCGUCGAGCCUCAGUGAGUCGUCGAUGGUGAUGCUCGUCAGCGGUGCUGUUGCGAAAGGUGCGCUUUAACGGCUAGCUCUACCAAGAUAACAACAAAACGUGUACGCUGGCAUAUACGAGCAGCAGCCCCGAGCUGCUGCAGCUGACGUUGGAUCAAAAUGGCACUAAAGGACGACGAGAACACUUGGAUAUUAGAAUUGGAAGCAGCUCUUUUAGAUGCAGAGGCACCUUCUGCAUCGGACAUAUAUGCCAUUUGCAAAGGUCAGCCUGUGCCAGCAAAUCUGAGGCCAGACGUUUGGCAGGCUUGCUUAGAUGUGACAGAUCGAGGAAACCAAUUGAUUCACUUCAACGAAGUUUUUGAUCUUCCAGAGCAGAAUAUUAUAAGAGAAGAUUGCCAACAAUUAGUUAAUAAGCUUGGAAAUGAUGAUGAGGAUAAAGUAUCAGUUCUUUCCGACUUGGAAUCUAUUGUAACUUUUUACUGCAAAAACAGAGGGAAACAAUACGAAAGAGGCAAUGGAUGGCUUGAAAUACUUGGCCCACUGAUAGCUCUGAAACUACCUCGUUCAGCUACAUAUAAUUUAUUUGAGGCUAUCAGAGAUAUAUAUAUUCCAAGAGGUGAUACACACAGUGCUGUUCUAAGGCUACUGCUGCUUUAUCAUGAACCAGAAUUAUGUUCUUUCUUGGAUACAAAAAGAGUAUCUCCUGAUCAAUACACCAAAGGAUGGAUAAGCACUCUGUUUGCUGGUGUAUGCUCCUUGCCAGCAAUUUCCACUAUGUGGGAUUUGUAUUUCAUGCAAGCUGAUCCAUUUUUCAUGAUGUUCCUAUCGCUUAUCAUGGUAAUCAACGCAAGGGAACAAAUUUUAAGCAUGAAAGAUGACGAUAAGCAAAGCAUAAUUGAUGCUCUAGCCGCAAUGCCCUGUGCCUUGGAAGCUGAAGAUGUUACCGAUUUCUGUUCUUUGGCGCAAUACUAUGCCAUGAAAACGCCUUCGUCUUUUAAGUUGGAUUUAUAUAGCAUUAUGUUUGGGGAGGGUGGUGACGAAAAAUGUAUAACGCAUGCGUUAUGCUUGCCGGUUUCUGCUCAAGAACUUGUUGAAAAUUCUGUGGAAGCUUCAACAUUGCCUAAUGCACCUGUGGAGGCUGUAAGAUUUUUCUUAGUAGAUUGUAGGCCUGCAGAACAGUACAAUGCUGGUCACUUGCCUACAGCAUUUCAUCUCGACUGUAACUUGAUGCUCCAAGAACCUGCUGCGUUUACUACAGCUGUACAAGGACUUUUGCAAGCACAGCGUCAGGCUUUAGCUGUUGGAUCUCAAGCUGGUGGUGAACAUCUGUGCUUCCUUGGUAGUGGACGACAAGAAGAAGAUCGAUACACUCAUAUGGUUGUAGCUUCUUUUUUACAGAAGCAUACUCAAUACGUCAGUAUGGUUGUUAAUGGAUAUCAAGCAAUUCACGAAUACUUUGGCGACGAAGUCGUAUCCAGUCUUGUCGAUCAUAAUUCGCAAUUCUGCUUAGUAUGCAAUACAAACUUGUCCGAUGAAAAUUCCAGUGAAGCGAGUCCUGUUAGAAUGAAGAAUAACAAUUCCGAUCUUUUUGGAAAAAUCGGUCAAGCCAUGAAGUUAAAAAGUCAAGAGAUGAAGGGUAAAUUAUUUGACUAUAUCGUUAAUCCGUCUGUAAGCGUCAGUAACGGCGCGGAAAGAAAAAGUGAUAAAGAUGUUGAUUCAAGUAAAAAGGAACGAAGCUCUCGUCCAGUUUUUAGUAUAGACGAUGAUCAAGACCUUGAUAUGACAACGGCUACUCCGGAAAGCGAAGAACCCGUCGAAGUAGUUUCCGUUCAACAAUGGUUGAAAGAUCCUAAUUUGGUACAUUCCUUUAAAUGUAUGGAAGUAAAAGUCAAUGGUUAUGUUUAUGAAAGCCAUCUCCUUGUGACUGAAACCCAUAUUAUAGUUCUCCGAGAAAUUCAGGGGCGUAAAGGUGCAGCACAUGUGAUCGUAAAACGUCCGUUGUCAAGUAUUGUCAGAAUAACUUCCAGAAAGAGACAUCCCGAUUUGAUUACCUUUAAAUAUGGAACAACCCAAUCUGAUAAUUUAAUUAUCUCAGAUAUGGACAGAUUCCUUAUACCCAAUGCGAGUGAAGCUACAAAACUGAUUUCUCAAAAAAUCAUGAAACAGUUAAAGACAUCUGAAUAAUUUUUUAUUGCAAAUGAUCAUGCACAAUAGUUGAGAAAAUAUCAAACUGCAAUUGUUGCAUGAAAUUUACAAAAAUUAUUCAGAUACAAAUACUAAAAAUGACCAUUUUUCAAAAACAAAAAAAAAUUGAAGAAUUUUUUUACUAUUACCUUAAUAUACAAUACUGUUUUCAUUUCUGAGACUGAGAAAUGUUUUUUAAAGUAGCAGUAUAUGUAACAUACGCGAUAUACUAGAAAAUGACAUUAAAUUGGGAAUUUGAAAACUAUAAUUUAUCUUCAUGAACAUUCUUUACAAACAAAAUAUGCAAAAAUUGAUUUCUAUGACGUACAAUUAUUUGUAGAAAAUGAAGAAAACAUUUUUCACAUAUUAAAGAUUUGUUUUUAUAAAUAUUAAAAAAAUGCCAUCGAUUAUUUUUAAAAUGAAUAAUCUUGUGGAAAGUAGUUUAAACUUAGCUAAUGUGCGAUUAACAAAAAUCGUUUAUUAAAAUUAAUUUUUUUUAAUGUGUUUACUCAAAGUAAAUAGGUUUAAUUUCUUCAAGUGAACGUAUAAUUUUGAAAUAGUUACAUUCUGCAUCUUUAUUAGAGAACAAUUACUUUUUGCAAGAAAAAACUUUUCAUGCAUUCUGUAAAAUCAGUCAGUUAUGUAGGACUUUAAAUUACAUAAAUUGUGGAAUGUAAAAUUGAUAGAGAUGCAUAUGAGCUAAAAAAACUUGUUGCAAUACAAAACACGAUUUUUUUUGCUCGAAAAUUAUAAAAUGACUGAAAUUUCAGUUCCAGGUGCCAGUACAGAAGAAAUUUUAUUUUUUCCGGCACAUAUUUUAGAAAGUUUCAAAGAUGUGACUAUUAAAUCGUGAAGAAUAAAUAAUUAAAAAAACAUCUUUAUCAAAAAAAAAUGUUAGAGUUUAUUGUAAUAUACAAAAAUUCAUAUUACUCUAUAAAAUGUUCAUCGUUAUAUAAAAAUCUGUCAAACGCAGUGUAAAAAUAUAAAACAAUCAACAAUGCCAUUGAAAUAUGCAUUAAAAAACUUUCAUAUGCAUAUGAUUUUAACCAUACAUACAUAUGUAAAUACUAAUAAGUAUAGUUAUGAUGCAAUACAUCAACCAUAUAAUAUAAUAAAUUACAUUGUACUAGUUUAUGUAA